AUUUAGUCCUGUAUGGGGACAAACGCAGUGAGGAGUACUCUUUUUUUGCAGAUUUGUGCUGCACCUAUAGCCACCAGUAUUCACUUUGAAUAUAAAUGUGUCCUCACCACAAAAGUACAAAUAGUGACAGCAUUACCUGCUAAAAAACUGUGGCUGAACUCUGUGUUACUUUUUCUCAAACUCCCUCCAAACACAGACACAUUCUUCUUAUCUGCCAGGAAACAAGAGCAUUCUAUAACCAAUUUCUCUUGAAUCGACAUGUUUGUGUUUCCUUGUCAUACAGCAGAUAUCACACUUUUCAUCAUUCAGAUGGUUUCCCAUCCAACAACAUCUUUUUAUUACUGACACAGUCAACUGUGUGAUGAUACUUUUGACUUUUGAGUUGCUUGAAAGUAGUUUGUUCAGAGGUCCCAAACUCGCAGCCCGGGGGCCACAUGCGGCACCCCAAUCAAUUUGAUGCCUGCCACUUAAUAUCAAGUUAUAACGGAUUCCUUGUUCCUCGUUCCAGUUGUGACUGAAUGAUGUCAGAAAUUGUCCUGGAAGAGAGCUUCAUUAAACGAUCCCAGCAGAAGAAGAAGACGUCCCCUUUGAACUACAAGGAGAGGUGGUUCAUUCUCACCCAGGAGAAAAUCUCCUAUUAUGAUUUCGAUCCCGACAAAGGGCAGAAGCGAAAAGGCCUGCGAGGAUUUGUUGACCUUGAAAAGGUCAAGUGUGUGGAAACGGUCCAGCCGGAGCCCAACGGUCCACCUGAGCGUGUCUUUGCUUUCCAGAUUGUUUAUGAUGAAGGACCUUUGUACGUCUUCGCAAAGAACGAUGAUAUUCGAGCUCAGUGGAUAAAUAAGCUGAAAGAAAUGGUUCGCUUCAACAAGGAUCUGAUGCAAAAAUACCACCCUUGCUUCUGGGUUGACGGGUUGUGGCUGUGCUGCCAGCAGGAAGUUAAACAAGCAAUGGGUUGCAAAGUGCUGGACAGAAAGAAUGGUUUCAUGUCUAAACCAUCUUGGCUAAGGGGAUCCAGGAAACCUUUGCCUCCGACCCCAACAGAGGAGAAUCCUCCACAGCUCCCCGAGCCUCCUGCUCCUCCUGCGAGCAUGACGGUCAUCGCACAGUACCCCUACUCGCCCAUGACGGAGCAAGACCUGGAGUUAAGGAAGGACGAGGAGUACACCAUCCUCGAGAAGUCCGACACAAACUGGUGGAGAGCCCGAGACAAAUAUGGCAAAGAAGGAUACAUACCGAGUAAUUAUGUUGCGAAAGUAGAAAAUGGGCUGGAAAGAUUUGACUGGUAUAGCACGAAUAUGAACCGUAGCCAGGCAGAAAAGCUGUUAAAGACUGAGAACAAAGAUGGAGGCUUCUUGAUACGGGAUUCAAGCAAAGCCGGGAAAUACACUGUGUCCUUGUUCAGUAAAGGCGGCGGGGAAACAAGUGGAAGUUGCAGGCAUUACAACAUCUGCACCACGCCACAGGGUCAAUUCUAUCUGGCGGAGAAGCAUCUCUUCAACACCAUCCCAGAACUCAUCAACUACCACCAACACAACUCAGCAGGCAUGGUGAGCAGGCUGAAAUAUAUCGUAUCUAACCGUAAGCGGCCUCCAUCAACGGCCGGGCUCGGCUACGGUAUGUGGGAGAUCGAUCCACGCGACCUGACCUUCAUCAGAGAGCUGGGCACCGGUCAGUUUGGAGUGGUCAAGUACGGCAAGUGGCAGGGGAAGCACGACGUGGCCAUUAAGAUGAUAAAAGAGGGCUCCAUGUCUGAGGAUGACUUCAUCGAGGAGGCCAGAAUCAUGAUGAAACUCCGCCAUGAGAACCUGGUCCAGCUGUACGGCGUCUGCACCGAGCAGAGACCCAUUUACAUAGUGACCGAGUACCUGUCCAACGGCUGCUUGCUGUCAUAUCUCAGGGAGGGACUGAAGCACCCGACAGCCGUGCAGCUCCUGGAGAUGUGCAAAGACGUCUCUGAGGGCAUGGCCUAUCUGGAGUCACAGCAGUACAUCCACAGAGACCUGGCUGCCAGGAACUGUUUGGUGGACGGUAAUGGUACAAUCAAAGUGACUGACUUUGGACUGUCAAGAUACGUCUUAGACGACGAGUACAUGAGCUCGGCGGGUUCCAAGUUCCCUGUUCGCUGGUCCCCUCCCGAGGUCCUGCUCUACUGCAGAUUCAGCAGCAAGUCUGACAUCUGGGCCUACGGAGUUCUGAUGUGGGAGGUGUACACUAUGGGGCAGCUUCCAUAUGAGCGCCUAAACAACACUGAAAUUGUGGAUCAGUUGUCCCGUGGUCAGCGCCUCUACCGCCCUCAGCUGGCCAAUGAAAAGGUUUACAGCAUCAUGUCAAGCUGUUGGACUGAGGUGAGUCAAUUUUAUAUUGGGAACCAAGGUACCUUUAGUUAAGUAUUUACAAACAAU